AUGGCCGACAUCGACGCCGCAUUCGACGAUGCUUACCGCACUCACCGCAUCGAGGCGGGCGACGAUCCACAAACGCUUCCGAAUCCUUACUCGCGGCCCACUCUCGGCGAGGUGGCAGCUGGUCCAGACCACACAGGCGCGGGAGUCGGCGGAGGCUUCAUGGUCGACGAUGCAGCCGAACACCAGGAAGCUGGAGGCGGGUUCAUGACCGACGAUGCACCAGGUGGAUUCAUGGUCGACGACGACGACAUCGAGUCGGCUCGAGCUGGGGAUGGCGACGACGACGGUCUGGGCUCUUCAUCUCCGCGUGUCACCCAACCCAACGCGAUUCCACUUAGUGCCAUCCCCGAGGCGCUCGCUAACCUCGGACUCGACUCGACCGACUCAUCCGUACUAUCGCUUUUUGCCGAGACAGCCUAUGUCCCCUCCUCGGCCUCCCGCCGGCGAUUGGCUCCGGGUGUCAAGCCGGACAAGGUGGUGGGCAGGCAAGAGUUUCAGCAGGUGGCUGCGGUGCUGCUCCAAGAGCAGCGGGACAGGUCUACAAAGAGGCAGCGCAGCCCAAAAGGCCGUAGUCGAGGCCAAGUGGACGAAGACGAUGCGUCUUCCACCACGGGGCGCCGCCCCACGCGGCGUGCUGCGGUGAAAGGGCGGCAAAAGGCAGCGGCGAUCAUUGACGACGCGGACGACGCGGAUGCUGAUGCUGCGGCUGGUGGCGGAGGCGGCUUCAUUGUCGACGAUGCUGACGAUUCGGAAGACGAAUUUUCAGCAUCAACUUCGCGGCGUCGGCGCCAAUCCGGCGCCUCGGCGCGACUCGAUACAGGCUCGGAUCUGACCGACGAUGAUGAUGACCAAGACGAAGACUUUGAGACUCGCGAUGCAUCACUUCGGCGACGCAGACGUGGGGGUGGCCGUGCACAGCGCUCUCCCACUCCCUCUGACGACCUCAGCGACGGCGGCACUGACUCGGGUCCCUCGUCCAAGCGGCAGCGACGCGGACGCAAGGACGCCGCGCCUUCGAUCCGCUCCACCACACACCUGAAUCCGCUGCAGCGCGAAAACGCAUCGGCACUCUACUCGCUUCUGCUCGAACAACUGCCUGCUUCCACACUGCCCGCAUCGCAACGCCGCAUUGGGACCGACGCGAUCACCACGAUCAUCCGAGCCAUUGGCGAAAAGAUCCCGUCCAAGGAGAUUGAAGAGAUGGUAGAAGAGGGCGCCAAGCUCUUUGCUCCCGCCACCGCCGCGGACCAAGACGACGACGCCCAAGCCACGCGCAAAUCCACACAGGCCAUCAAAGGUGCCGCCGCCGCCCAGGGCAUCUCGGGCCCCAGCAUAGGUCUCGACGAGUUUGCAGGAAUCCUCGUCCACAACCGUCUCAUCUGA